AUGCACAGGGUAAAAGACACAAAGGAGCUCCUCCAGAUCUACCGUGAUGCAGAAGGACCGACCAACCGGGCCCUGGCUGAGCAAGCUUGGCACGAAGAGGUUGCACACAUUUUCCUCCGCCGUCUCGACUUUAUGCAUGCCAGCCAAUAUGCAAAGUUUUUCAAGAUUAUCAGUAAUGCGAUAAAGGACUCAGCCAAUUGCUUUGUCUUCCUCGAGCAGUUAGACCCAAACAUGUCUUAUACGAUCACAUGUUAUAGCAAGUCCAACAAGUCCUCUGUUCAGUUUCGCAACAUUGACGAUCUGCGGUCCAAUAACACCAUACCUGAUGAGGACCAGGAGAGUCGCCAGUACCAUAUCACGUUUAUGGGGGACGGCGGGGUUCCAAAUACGGGUAAGGUGGAUGUCAGCGAGUUAGCGAGAAAGUACAUUCUUCGGCGAAAGAUGUCCGAGCCAAAGGGCCAAGACGAGGAGGGAGAGCCUGAGAUCGACGGCGAGCAACGCGGCAAGAAAAGAAGGAUGUUGGAUAAGGGGGUGUCCAGGCCCGCCUAUGAACAGCUUUAG